GGUGUAUCCUAUCUCGGCCUGGCAUAUAUUGGAGAGCACUACGUCUUCCAGCGGCUAGCACGUCUGAUCGGCCACGCCAAGCAGUCUUUCACCAAGCAGUCCAAAAACAGGAAGCAGCACAAGGUCAUUCGAGAGCAAAUGUUGUUUUAAAAUAGAGUCGUUGUUACGCAUCUACCCGGAUAUACCCCCCAAGACGGGUUGAUUUGGCUUCUCUACUGGGCUUGCAUAGAAGCGAACUGGCGAAUAGGAUUAGGCAUAUGUAUAUUUGCGCUUCUUGAUUGGAUAGGAAGAAAACCCAAUGCUUCAUAAUAUGCAUAUUGCGUUAUGGAGAGCGGCGUGAAUCAGUAUGCCUAGCAGCUUCAACUCUGCCUCGCUGCCUUGGUUCUCAUGCAAGGUUAAUCAGAGUCCUGGUGAGCGGUAAAGAGAUGAAAGCCUACGAAUCUAUGGCGCUGGGAUCAAUAUCUAUGCGGGCUUUCUUGGCUAUGUUGCAGGUGAUAUGUUUGCAGUGAGGAAGUUGCAUUUGAGACGCCUUAGCAUGGUGUACACUACCUUUCCCAUUCGGUCGUGUUUGGUUUCUUGGCCCCUUUCAUUGUUUGUCUGUGCCCCUUUCUAUGUGUGUCACGUCAUAGCUUACUACAUUACAAGGGCUCCGCCUAACCCCUCUCCAAUCUGGCUGGGAGAAUGCUGCUACCCUGGAGCUGGCUUUGGAUUUCAUGACUUUUCAUUGCUCAUUGCAGUGAACCAUGGGUGGUACCGUACCCUAGCCAGAUUGUAGAACUAGGCGGCCCUUUAAUCCAACUGCCUACUUGCCUAUCUACCUGACUUAACUGUGUUCAUUUUAGUGUGUGUGUGAUGGGUAUAAGCCGUUUCAUUUG